CCAAUCUCCUCAUUCAUCCUCAAACAAUACUUCCUCUUUCAACUCACAAACCCCAAAAAGAAAAAAAAAACACACUCCCCUUCCUUCAAUGGCGGCCUCUUCAAUGGCUCUAUCGUCUCCGUCUUUCGCCGGCCAGGCGGUCAAGUCGACCCCCGAAUUCGCCAGCUCCGGCGGCAGGAUCUCAAUGAGGAAGACCGCAGGCAAGCCCAAGCCCAAGCCCGCUUCGUCCGGGAGCCCGUGGUACGGCCCGGACCGUGUCAAGUAUUUGGGCCCAUUCUCCGGCGAGGCCCCCAGCUACCUCAGCGGGGAAUUCCCCGGUGACUACGGCUGGGACACCGCGGGGCUUUCGGCCGACCCGGAAACAUUCGCCAAGAACCGUGAACUUGAGGUGAUCCACUCAAGGUGGGCCAUGCUCGGAGCUCUCGGAUGCGUCUUCCCCGAGCUUCUAGCGCGCAACGGCGUGAAAUUCGGCGAGGCGGUUUGGUUCAAGGCCGGAUCGCAGAUAUUCAGUGAGGGUGGGCUCGAUUAUUUGGGAAACCCUAGCUUGGUCCACGCACAGAGCAUACUGGCCAUCUGGGGUGUCCAGGUUGUGUUGAUGGGAGCUAUUGAGGGCUACAGAAUUGCCGGUGGGCCACUCGGUGAGGUUGUCGACCCGCUUUACCCGGGUGGGAGCUUCGACCCGUUGGGCCUCGCUGAGGACCCGGAAGCUUUUGCUGAGCUGAAGGUGAAGGAGCUAAAGAAUGGGAGACUUGCGAUGUUCUCGAUGUUCGGAUUCUUUGUUCAGGCGAUUGUUACCGGAAAGGGGCCGUUGGAGAACCUCGCCGACCACCUUGCGGACCCGGUUAACAACAACGCGUGGGCCUUCGCCACGAACUUCGUACCCGGAAAAUGAGCUUGGGAUAUUAAUUGUGAGCCCACAAAUUGUUGUUAGAAUUUUGUGGUGUAAUGUAAAUUUGAGGGAUUAGUUUUCUGCAGCAUUAAUGAUGUAUGCUUCUGGUGUAAAUGUGUUUGAUCUAAUGGUAAAAUUGUGUUUUUUUUAAUGGUAAAAUUUGACAUUUU